CACAGCCAAUGGGGCAGCAGCUGACGGUUACCGUGCCAACGGUACACAAACGGCAAAAUUUCUUUGAAGCUUUUUGACGAUUACACACCAAGCCCCAAGAUGUCCUCAUCACCACCAGAAAAUGCUACAAAUGACAGCAACUUGGAAUUGGAACGGGAAUACGCCACUGUGCAGUUCAUUGUGAGAGACAAGAUGUUAGAGAUUAUGAAGCUGCAGCAGGCCAUUAAAGAACAGGAAGACUACGUGGAAAUGCUUAAAACUUUCCGUGACACAGAAAAUCUGCACCUCAAGAACCUGGAGAAGAAAUUUUUGGAGUCUAAAACCAUGUAUGAGCAGGAGCUCAGGGAAAAGCAGGAGAUCAAUGCCAAGAUCCAGGAGCUGACUGCCAAAAUAACAACCAUAAAAAGCCAAAACGUCAAAAACGAGGAAAGAAUCAUUCAAAGUCAGGCUUGCUAUGAGUUUCUGUUCAAGCUGGCUCCUGUGGAGUGGCAGGAGGCUCAGAAGGCCAAAGCUCUGAAAACAAAAGUCAUGUCUGAAGGACACACUCAAGAGGAGCAGAACGAGGAGCCUGAGGGGUCAGACGCUCGAGAGAGUUUGGAGAACAAAGAAUCCAGUCCAGAUGGAGAGUUGCCUUCAGUCUCAGAGCUCUGGCUGUCAUCCUCACCCAGCAGGGACACGCUAAAUGCAAGAUCUAAAGCUGAUUUCAGCAGUUCUGAAUACAAGGAUCCAACAGAAAUGUAUUUCACAGAGCCACAGCAGAUUGUAGAUGCAAUGAUGAACAUGAGAGAGCAGAUCUUUUCUCUGUUUGAGUACAACCAGCGGAAGGAGGAGGAGAUGAAGAAGCGCCACAGUGUCAUCAAGGCCACCAAGAACCAGAUGGAACAGGAUGAAGGGCAAGAUAACUUGCUGAUAAGAGACGUGAACAAGAAAAUUAAAAAUGAGAAGGCCAAAGCAGCAAAACUUGACAGGAUGGUUAAGAUUCAGGAGUUACUGAAGUCAGUGGAUCAGGAUGCUAUGCUGGACUCUGUGACUAAAAAGCUGCGUGAGGUGUAUCACUGCUUUGUGGUUGGCCACCUCAGUAUGCCCGACCCUGAUAAUUUCAAGAUGGUGGCUGCUACUGAGCGCUAUGUGUCCUUCCUGCUGAAGAAACUCGAGGAGAGCUCUGCAGAAAUUGUGGCCCAUCAUCAAGAGAUGAAGGACAGAGAGAGACGCUUUAGACAACGUGAGGAGCUGCUGAGAGAGCAGGAAGCAAAGCGUCAAGAGAAGAUGAAGCAGCACUUGGAGAGCUCUUUGUCUCACAUACAGAAAAAAAGUGGACGGAAGCUCAUGCCCAGAAGCCUUCCUCCUGCCCCAAAGGCCAAAUCCACACCUUUGGACAACAAGGAAGAUGAGGAUGAAAUUAAUGCCUACCUCUUCGGCCCUGAUGAUGAGGACUAAAACAUUUUAUAGUUGCACUUUAGUUGUUUACUCUUGGCUUG